AAAUAACCACUAAUCAGCAGCACCAAUGGCUUCCUCUCUGAAUUUGGGUUCUAUUCCUUCUUCCUCUAUACAUCUCCAAUGGCCUUGUAGAAAGCCCAACAUUGCCUGCUCUUUACAAACUCCCUCCAUUCUUCAUUUGCCUAAACAAUCAUCGCCUGAUUACUCUGAUCACACUUGUUCCACCGUGAAUACUCAGCCCCAGCAAUGGAAUCCUUUUCAAAGAGCGGCGGCUAUGGCUUUAGACGUGGUGGAGAAUGCUUUGGUUUCUCACGAGCGUCACCAUCCUCUUCCCAAAACAGCUGACCCCAUUGUUCAAAUAUCUGGAAACUUUGCUCCUGUACCGGACCAACCGGUCAAGCGUAGGCUCCCUGUUACCGGAACAAUCCCGGAAUGCAUAAAAGGAGUCUACGUUCGAAACGGAGCCAACCCGCUUCACGAACCCGUCGCCGGUCAUCAUUUCUUCGAUGGGGAUGGGAUGGUUCAUGCGGUUCAGUUAAAAAAUGGUUCAGCUAGCUAUGCUUGUAGGUUCACUGAGACCAACCGUUUCGUUCAAGAACUAGCUUUGGGGCGUCCGGUUUUCCCCAAGGCCAUCGGUGAACUCCAUGGCCACUCCGGAAUAGCUAGACUGUUGCUUUUCUAUGCUCGUGGCUUAUUUGGUCUUGUUGAUCCGAGCCAUGGCACCGGCGUUGCAAACGCUGGACUUGUUUAUUUCAAUGGUCAUCUCCUUGCCAUGUCUGAAGAUGAUUUGCCUUACCAUGUUCGUGUCACUAAAUCAGGGGACUUGGAAACCGUUGGCCGAUAUGAUUUUGAUGGUCAGUUGAAAUCUACAAUGAUUGCUCACCCUAAAGUUGAUCCUCAAACGGGUGAAUUGUUUACUCUUAGCUAUGAUGUUAUCCAAAAGCCGUAUCUUAAGUACUUUCGGUUCUCGCCGGACGGUAAGAAAUCUCCCAACGUCGAAAUUCCAGUUGACGGUCCAACAAUGAUCCACGAUUUUGCCAUCACCGAGAACUUUGUAGUGAUCCCUGACCAGCAAGUGGUGUUCAAAUUGCUUGAAAUGAUUCAUGGUGGCUCACCGGUUGUUUAUGACAAGAACAAGAUGUCGAGGUUUGGGAUAUUGGCGAAGAAUGCCACUGAUGCUUCGGGGAUCAAGUGGAUUGAGGCACCUGAUUGCUUUUGUUUCCAUCUUUGGAAUGCUUGGGAAGAGCCAGAAACUGAUGAAGUUGUUGUAAUUGGCUCUUGCUUGACACCCCCGGACUCCAUUUUCAAUGAAUGUGAUGAGAGUCUCAAGAGCGUUCUAUCCGAAAUCCGAUUGAAUUUGAGGACUGGCAAAUCGACACGCCGCCCCAUCAUUUCGGAUUCUGAACAAGUUAACUUGGAGGCAGGGAUGGUUAACCGAAACUUGCUCGGAAGAAAAACCAUGUUUGCAUAUUUAGCUCUUGCCGAGCCGUGGCCUAAAGUGUCAGGGUUUGCCAAAGUUGAUCUCUCAACCGGACAAGUUAAAAAAUACAUCUAUGGAGACCAAAGGUAUGGCGGUGAGCCUUUGUUCUUUCCUCGAAACCCCAAUUCCGAGAACGAAGAUGACGGUUACAUCCUGGCCUUUGUUCACGACGAGAAGACCUGGAAAUCGGAACUGCAGAUUGUGAAUGCCAUGAAUUUACAGUUAGAAGCCAAAGUGAAGCUUCCAUCUCGAGUUCCAUAUGGUUUUCACGGAACAUUCAUAAGCUCCAAGGACUUGGAGAAGCAGGCCUAAUUCAACCUCAAUAGCCUUGUUAUCGUCAAUUUUUCUAGAUGAUUUAACAGGUUAAAAGGAAGAGAGAUUUACCAUAGGGAUGUUUGCAUAUACUCCCCGGAAUCUCUAACCCUGUUUUUUUAGGGUAGUCCUUUGGUUUAUUUCAAUAUGAAAGCCUUAAAGAGACCAGCUUGUAGCUUUUGUGUAUAGGAAAUAUUGAAGCUCAGCUGAUCCUUGUUUAUUCUUUUACUUGUGUGCAUAGAUUACAUGGAGUUAUGUAUACAUUGUGUAAUUUCACUGUAAUUCUCUGUUUUGUUGUAAA